AUGCAUGUGUUAUUGAUUACAAUAUUAACAAUCAUUACAAAUGCAUAUUAUUAUUGUGACUAUGAACGCAAUGGUACUUUUUAUCCAGGUAAUUCAAUUUGUUCAACGAUUAACAAUGAAAAAGUAAACUAUGAUUACAAUUCAAACUCCCCGAGUAUCAGAAUCGAAAAUUAUACAAACACUUUAACUUUUAAAAAUGUUCAGUCUGAUAUAUACAUUGGAAUAUAUACAGAAACAAGUGUCGACACCAUUAUUGUUUACAAAACUCAAACAUUUAAUAAGUCAUAUUUUUUAUAUACAAACAAAAUGACUGAAAACAUGAAAAUAAAGUUGUAUGGAAAUCAAAUGAAAAACGCAACGCUUGUCGAUAAAAUAAUAUUUUCAAGUAAAAAUAUGGAUUACUAUCCAAAAGUGUUUUAUAGUGGUGAUAAUUUCGAUAAAUAUUUAUUUAUUGAUUUUAAUUCUGGAUAUAACAUUUUUACUAUUAAAAGUGAUAAAAUAACAGUCAUUCCAGACUUAGGAGUUGCUGCCACAUACAGUGGCAUGUAUUAUAUGGGGACUUACAAUGACACCAACAGAGUCUUUAAAAACUUUUUAAUUGGUCAGAUAUGUGCAUUUAUCGAAAUUGGAAAUUCACUUUAUCGAUACUUUUGUUACUCUUCAAACUUCGCUGAUUUCUACAAUCAAAAGACAUCACUAACAAUUGCAAAAACAGAAACAAACAAUUAUGAUACUGGAAUCACUGAAAUGACUUUCAAUUUGACAAACUGUGAUAUUUCAGGACCAUUAAUUCCACGAAUCAACAUGAAUGCGACAUUUAAUAUUGAUGAAUUAAUAAUAAAUUCAAAUUGUUUAGCAACUAACCAAGCGACUUGGGUAGUAUUAGCAAAAACAACAUUAAAUGUGAAAUUGGUUGAAAUGAAAAACACUCGAUUUGUCGUGUCUGGAAUACAUUUUUCUAAGUUUGAAGAAAUACGUAACACCAAUGAUAUAUACAACAAUCCAGCUUACGUUUUCAACAUUUCAAUACUUGAAAAUAGAGGUUUGCCCUUUUCGGUCACAAAAUAUACACAUAAAGGCAGUGUUGUAAUUCUUGGAACAGGAGUGACAACUGUGAAAUCACUGAACCCUAUCAAUGUGACUUUUAUGAAUAUUUCUAAAGUCUUUUUUGAAAAUAAUGGAGUUACAAUUAACAGUGAUAUUAAUGUCAUUAUGAAUGACUGGAAUUUCGUGUCUUCGACAAACACUACUACAGUACAAAAUUUUGUAGCGGAUGUGUCACAAACUACGAUAACUGUGUUAGAUGGUUACAUUUUAAUAAUAAAUAAUCUUCAAUAUUCAUUUCCUGUAAAAAUAAGUGGGAAUGUUCAAAUUAAUAAUGUUGUAAUAAAUAGAAAUGCUGCACUUGUGUUGUACAAUGGAGCUUUUAUUCAAAAUUUGACUUGCAGUUCCAUAGACAAGAACAAUGUGUUAUAUGACGGUGUUUUAACUCCAACUCAAAUGCAAUUAAAACAAAAGAGCACAUACAGAAUUGUAGAUAAAGACUCUACUUUAGACUGUGAGUGUCACUUUUCAAAUGGAUCAUAUUCAGGAGGCUUCAUUGAAAACGAUUGUUCUCUUCUUGAAACAGAGUUUGUAUUGGACUUGUCUUUAAACCCAUUUUCUGUUGUGGAUUUUGGCAUAACAACAUACAAAAAUUUUAAUUAUCUACUUGUUGGAAAAAGACACCAAAUUAAUGUUAAUUCUUUUUCAGUUAAUGCAAUCAAAAAUUUGGAACAGAAUAUCAGUCUGGUAUUAGAUACAAACGUGUAUUUGGGAAAUGUUAUUAUUAAUGGUAACUUCACUGUACAUUCAUACAAACAGUUGACAUUAAAAUUGCGAAACACUUUUAUUAUCAAUGAAGAGAGAACAAACAAACCAUAUAUCAUCGUAUGGCAAAACACCUUCCCGACAUACCCCAAAUUCUAUAAUUAUAAUUAUGAAGAAAACGUGAGUGGCGAUUUCUGCUUCGAUUUUGUUUCAUCUUCACAUGAAAUAUUGGAUAUGCAAAACAUAUUGAAUUUUAAGAAUAAUAAAUAUUUCUUUUUGGCUGAUAACAAACUGAUGAGAUGGUGUCCGUCUGCUGAAAUAAAUACGACUGUUGUGAAGUGUUACUUAAAUUCGACUAAUUAUCAUAAUGAAUACGACAUUGAUGACAUCGUAUUUACUUUACCGCAUUGCCCAUGUAAAGAUUGUCAAUUGUUCUUACAAGAAAAUCUGAUUAAUUGUAACAAUAAUGACAUAAUCGGAAUUUUACAAAUCGAAAAAGGAAAAACGUUGAGCAACCCUGGUGUUAUUUCAAAAGUAAAUUAUAUAAACGGAUAUUUAUUCGGUGAAAUUGACUCUUUAGAUACACUCAGUGGAAUGUUGACAAUUAAUAGUACAAACGUUACUAUUAAUGCAUUGAGCACGAACUAUAUGUCAAGUAUAAUAGCUUCAAAUGAAACUACUGUUUUCAAUUUAAAAAAUUUAAUGAGUAAAUUGAUGAAUUUGAAACUUAAAACACUGAACAAAAUUGAUAUUCAAAUAGAUUAUUGCAAAAAUGAAAAUUGUGAAAUUAAUUUGAGUUCUGAUAGUAUAAAAGAAAUCCACAUUGAAAAUACAAAUACUAAUAAUAUAAAGUACAACCUCACUGGUGUACAGAGUGUUGAAAAAGUGAGUGUAAACACUACAUCCAAAAUAAAUUUGAAUAUUGUAAAAAAUACAGAAUUAAGUUUAGAGAAUAGUGGAAUUGUUAUGUUAUCUGCAACAAAUAAACCAAAUUUACACUUGAAUUACUUAAAUAAUCAAAUGUUAAUUGUAGACUCUGAAUUGAGUCUUGACAUUCAAAUUACAAACACUUUAAGUAUUUUUUGUCAAAAUAACAAAGGAAUUACCGUUUCAUCGAGUGGAACUAAUGCAAUUACUCUUUCGAUAUCUCAAAAUUUAUGCAACUCGGGUUUUGUAUCUGAUAUGAAAUUUACAUGUACUUCAUGUAACAUUGGGUAUAGACUUUAUAAAGGUGUUUGCACCAGCAUAAGAUCAAUACCAAAUUGCGCAAAUUAUGAUGAGAAUGGUGGAUUUUAUACAAAAGACGGAGUGAUGUGCAUUGCAUGUACAAACAAUUGUAAUCGUUGCUCAAAUACCACAUGUUUUCAAUGCCAAAAACAAUAUAUUAUUACUGAACAAAUCACGUGUAAAAGAAUUGAACAAACUAAAGGAAUAUACGAGUUUGAUAAGUUUAUUCAAUGUGCUGAAUCGAAUUAUAUAAAAGAAAGCGAAUGUUUAAGUUGUGAAAUAGAACAUUGUACUUCUUGUUUAGAAGAUUUGAACACCAAUGAAAUAAAGUGCCUUAUAUGUGAACACAACUUUAUAUUAAAUGGCAACACAUGCGAACAAAAAGAACAAGCUUUAACUUCUUCAAAUUCGUUUGUCACUUCAUGCAACAGUGGAUAUUAUUUGGACAAUGAAACUAAUGAAUGUCUACAGUGUAGUAACGAUUCAUCUUGUUAUAUUUGUGACCAAAAUGAAUGUAUACAAUGUGCCAAUGGGUUUGUAAAAAUGUUUGAAAAGUGUAUAAAAGUCGACCAUUGUAUUUCAAUACCGAAUGGAUUUUGUCAUAUAUGUGAAGGUGGUUUCGUCACAAAUAAAACCACGUGUUUUCAAAAAGUAGAGAAUUGUGUAAAUUAUAAUUUGGAACAAUGCGUUGAAUGUGAAAAUCCAUACAUUUUAUCAAACAACACAUGCAACAAUUAUACUGAAGAAUUAAUGGAAACAAUGAAUUGUGAAGUGAGUUGGGAUUUUGGGUGUGUGAGGUGUUCUGAGUCGUUUUAUUCAUCAAAUUACAAAUGCGAGAUGUGUUCAGAUACUUGUGGUGAAUGUCUAUCUUCUUCUGAAUAUUGCAUUUCAUGUAAUCAAACAACGUUUCUCGUGAACAACAAAUGUGCAUCAAAUGAUGAAUUAAAAGAAAAGUGUCAACAACUGUCUAUAGUUGGUGGAUGUGCAAAUUGCAAUGAUGGAUAUUAUCGAGUCAGUUUUGCGUGUGAGAAGUGUCUUCCAGAGUGUGAAACGUGUUUGACAAACACAACAUGUUUAACAUGUAAUUUAGAACACUUUAAGACGUAUUCAGGUGUUUGCAAAUUGAAGAAUGAGACACUUGGAUGCUCUGGAAAUAUUGAUAGUGAGUAUGGGUGUUCUUCUUGUGAAGAUUGGUAUUAUUUGGAGAACAAAGAGUGUCACAAAUGUUCAGACAACUGUGAAAAAUGCAAACAAUUUGUAACGUGUGAAUAUUGCACCAACAAAUAUGUUUUAGACAAAACACAGAAAUGUGUCUUGUUUUCAGAAAUCACCAACUGUGUUGAAUCUCGUUCUUCAAAAUGCACCAAAUGCACUUUUUGGCAUAUACCAAGCGAAAAUGGUUCUUCAUGUGAAACACAAGCGGUGUGGUGGUUCAUUGUUUUGGUUCUUCUGUUUGUAUUCUUUGUAGUUUUUGUUGUGAUCGUUGCACUCUAUUUUACAGUGAAAAAGAUGAUAGCCCACAAAUUGAAGAAAGAGCAAGAGAAAACAGUUUGUGUAUUUAAGAUGUCACGCAGUAACAUUCGUUUUAUAGUGAAACUUUCAUCGUCCAUUUGUUCAAACAAAAAUAAAUUGGUAUUCCCAGACGACGAAAAACAAGAAAUUGACGUUUGUGUCGAAUCAAAAGAACUUCUUUGUCUUGGCAAUUUGACUAAAGGACGAAUUAAAGUGCAACUAAGUGCGAAGACUGGAUGUGAGAAAUACACUAUACGUACUAACCCCGAGUUAAUCAUUUUAGAAAAGGGAGAAGCUUGCGAAUUUUCAUUAUUUAUAUGCCCACUUUGUUCAUUUACAGCAGAAGAAAAGUUGGUCAUUACAACGUGUGAAUUUAAAAGUCAUGAAAAUAAUCAAAUUUCAUUCCCCAUGUUUGUAACUACGAAAAUAUCAACUAAAAUUGAUCCAGAAGAAAUUGAAGAAAAUUUAAUAGUUGGCGAAGGCUCAUUUGGUGUUGUGUAUAAAGGCACUUUUAGAGGAAAUACAGUCGCUAUCAAAAAGGUUAAAACACAGGCGAUGGAUGAUAAAAGCAAAACAGAAUUUGAAGCUGAAGUUGAUAUGUUAGACAAAUUUCGAAGUGAGUAUAUAGUUUACUUUUAUGGAGCAGUGAUGUUUGAAAAACGCUUUGCUAUUAUAACAGAAUUUGCUGAUUUUGGGAGUUUGCAAGAUUUAAUGAAACGCAUAAAAACAAGUGAAGUGAAUAUAAAAUUGAGAAUCACAAUUUUCAUAAAUGCAGCAAAAGGUAUUUCUUAUUUACACGAGAAUGGGAUAUUACACAGAGACAUCAAACCCGACAACAUUCUUGUCUUUUCUUUGGAUUUAAAUCAGAAAGUAAACGCAAAGCUGACUGACUUUGGAAGUGCCAGAAACGUCAAUUUGUUGCUCACGAAUAUGACAUUCACAAAAGGUAUUGGAACACCUGUUUAUAUGGCUCCUGAAGUUCUUAAACAAGAAAAAUACACAAAAAGUGCAGAUAUCUAUUCAUUUGGUAUUACCAUGUUUGAGAUAUUUUCAUGGAAAGAAGCUUACCCAAAAGAAGAGUUUAAGUUUCCUUGGAAAAUAGCUGAGUUUGUCAUGAAUGGAAAACACCCGGUUAUUCGUCCAGACAUUACAAACAAUGAAUUUUGCUUGAUUCGGGGUUGUUGGGAUUUUAAUAAAGCGAACAGAAUGACAAUAACAACAGUGCUGGAACAUUUACUCAAAUUGUCAAAUGAAUUGGUAUGA